GUUCCAAUUGUAUUGGUUGGAUCCAAGUCGGAUCUGCAUAGGAAACGUCGUGUUACAGCAUUCGAAGGGCAGACUCUGGCUAGGCACAUGAGCUGCCCUUUCAUCGAGAUCUCAGCAAGGAACAAUGAUUGUGUCAAUGAGGCAUUCCUGGAGCUCAUGAGAAUUGUCGAGCGGCGUCGGCUGAUGUUCUGUACAUAA